AAAACAUUUGAUAAAAAACGAUGGAGUGGUGGUGACGUAAAUGCCCAUGACUACUGUGCUGCUGCUUCUAACGGUUCCACGCCCCCAUCCAUAUACACGGCAUCGCGUAUUUCAGGUUACCGUAACGGUGACCCUCAACGUUCCGUCUCUCUGCGCGAGAUCCACGGCACUAACGUUUCUCGGAUGGCCUCCUGUGACGACGAUUUCCCUCUCCUCGGUGACGAUAACGCCUCUCCCACCGCCCCAACUCCCCACGUUAAGCCUCUUUUCCACAAUCACCACCACCGACCCUUUCCAUCUCACCGCUACAAGGCAUGUCAAAUUCCUAUUCACGGCGGCAGCCCGAAGGACAUUUCCGGCGACAACGAUGUCGUGUCAACCGAGGGCGAAGGUUACACCGAUGGAGGAGCCUUCUGCUCGCCGCCGGAUCCAAAAGAUAGCAAUUCGUCGUCGUAUCAUGUGGUCGGCAUAAAUCCCUACGACAACGAUACCAACCACUAUGACCCAGAGCCCGACCCGAGUAGAUCUCGAGCCAACGUUAAGCGUCUGGAGCAAGAAGAUAUCAGUGAAAACGGAGUUCCUUACGCCUACAAAAGGGCAAAACUCGUCACGUCUGUGGCCACUAGCGGUGGGGUCGGAAGUGCAGAGUAUCGCAAGGACAGGGAGGAAUGGAGCGACACAGCCAUCGCGUGCCUUCUGGAGGCAUACUCAGAGAAGUUCAUGCAGCUCAACAGAGGCAAUUUGAGGGGGAGGGAUUGGGAAGAUGUCGCGGCGAUGGUAAGCGAUAGGUGUGAGAAACAAACGAAGAGCGUCGAGCAGUGUAAGAACAAGGUUGAUAAUUUGAAGAAGAGGUAUAAGCUGGAGAGACAUCGAAUGACCAACGGCAGCGUUUCUGCAAGCCACUGGCCGUGGUUCAAACAGAUGGAACAGAUAGUAGGAAACUCUUUGUCUGCAAAAGCAACAUUAGUUGAGGAGGAAAAAUCUGGCAUCUCCCCUAGACAGUCCAAGAGAUAUGGAACUGCAAAUUCUUGUCCCGGGGCUCAAGUCAACAACAUAAAGCUCAAAUCAUCUGGUGGUCCCAGAUGGAGGAGAGUUAUUUUUAAGAUUAGCGGUGCUGCUCUAUCUGGAACUACGCAGAACAACAUUGAUCCAAAGGUGGCCAUGCUGAUAGCUAAAGAAAUUUCCAUUGCAUGUCGUGUUGGAGUUGAGGUAGCAGUAGUUGUCGGAGGCCGUAAUUUCUUUUGUGGCGAUUCAUGGGUUACUUCAACCGGCUUGGACCGAUGCACUGCCUAUCAGAUAGGGAUGAUGGCAACUUUGAUGAAUUCCAUACUCCUGCAGUCAGCACUGGAAAAACUGGGUGUGCAGACUCGUCUGCAGAGCACAUUUUCUAUGCCAGAGGUGGCUGAGCCAUACAACAGGCAACGAGCAAUCCGACAUCUUGAAAAGGGUAGAGUUGUAAUUUUUGGCGGUAUUGGAGCUGGUACCGGAAUUUCAUUGUUCACGACAGAUACAGCUGCAGCUCUUAGAGCUUCUGAGAUUCACGCUGAUGCCAUGCUGAAAGGUACAAAUGUGGAGGGUGUCUAUAUUUGUGACUCGAGAAGUAACAACCUAGCAGCAGAACAUGUAUCCUACCGAGAUCUUGCUUCCAAAGGUGCUGCUCCCAUUGACAUGAUGGCUGUUAAUUGCUGCGAGGAGAAUCAUAUUCCUGUUGUUAUUUUUAAUCUUCAUGAGCCUGGGAAUAUAUCAAGGGCAUUGAGCGGAGAGCCUGUCGGGACCCUGAUUGAUCAGACUGGGAGGAACGGCUAGAUUUGGCAUCCAUGUUGGUUGGAGGCAGGGCAAGGAGUGUAGAUGUAAUGUAUGUGUGAUGAGUGUGCUUUCAAAAGGGAUGACCUUUUCUGUAGGUCAUUGUGUAAGAAGAGGCAAUGGAGCGAUUUGUUUCGUCCAUCAACACAGCUUGACUAUCAAGUUUGUUUCAUGUAAAUUUCCCGAGAUUAGUAUUCUCCCAUAAUUUUCUUUUCACUCUCCUUUCUUUUUUUGGGUUUUCUUUACGUUUUUAUCUUUAUAUUUAUAUGUAUACUAUAUAAAGAGAAUUUGUUGGAGAUCCCAAAAGAAAUUCAUUUGGAACCAAAA